AUGGCGUGGUGGGAAGGCGCUAGUGAGACUCGAGUACUCGUUGCCCUAGAUCCUUCUGCUAAUGGGAACCGUCUUGGUAAAUUUUUGUCUCUGCGGCAUCCCAGAACAGGAAAUACGACGUGUUACCUCUUCAGUGAUGGAGUUCUUCAGGAGCUUCACUGGUUCAAGCAAUCUUAUGGGUCGUGGUUCCUUGGAGAUUAUGUUUGUGAAGAUGGUCGCUUGUAUACUGCCACGCCAGUUGAUCCUGUUUUUGUUCUUCUGCCAGUCUUUGAAGAAGCUCGGAUGAAGAAAGGUACAGAUCCAGGGAAGUUUCGGCAACUUGAUGAGAUAAUUUAUGUUAAUGGGUAUCCUGGAUAUGAAUCCCUGUCAUCUGUUGCAGAUAAGGCAAUGCAAGUUGUUUGUGAUUUGAAAGAAGUUGGGUCGACCAAGUUUUUCAGGCUCAAUGACUUGAAGGUGCUGAAGUGGUUAUGCUAUAAGGUACACCAAUUGAAGCAGACACUACCGACACUGGAUAAGAAUUAUGCUGCUCAAGAUGAGAAAGAUACAUUAUUUGAGGUGGUGUCAAUUAUGCGGGAAUACUUGAAGGAUGAGCCCUGGGUGGACUUAUUGUGCAACAAAUUGAACUUAAACUUACAGGACUUCACGGAUCCUCAAGAUAUGGAAAUUCUUCCACCUUCCACUGGAAGUAGUCUUGCACCAUUUAAUCCUAAACAGGAGAAUAACGAGACAGGCAAGAGAAUUACCCGGGCAACAAGGUCAAAUAAGAAGGCGAAGGUGGAAAAAGAUUCAAAGAAUAUCAAGGAUAUGUUCAGCAGGGCUAUUAGGAAAGGAUAA